AUGCAGAAUUCGUUGUAUCCUUCAUUGAGUCUGUGCAACAAGGAGUCUUCCAACAAAUUUAUAACAGUUUCAUCUUGCCUACGUCGGAGACCUUUGCCAACUUACAGGACAAUGAAGAUAGCUGUAUUGGGCUUGUCUCAAAUGGCAACAUGUCCAUCCUUUUCCGAAGGCAACUACAAGGUUCUUCUCUUGCCUACUCUAGAACAGCUUUGUAAAAACUUGAGUCUCUUGCAAGGUAUUUCGAAAGCUACUUCUACUGUGGGAAAUACCAUUACCGGGGAUGCUCAAACUGCAAGCGUGGCAGUGAACGAAUUAGACUUAGAGAGUUCAGCCUAUGGUUCUACAUUUUCCAGACUUGUUUCCAUUCAGUUACCACAAUUUGAUCCUUUGCCUCAAGUCACUAAUGAAGAUUUCAAAGCUAUCAAGCUUGGAGCAAUGAGUAAUAUUCAAAAAUUAGCUCCACUUGGGGUAUUGAAUCUGCUCAGCGAGGAGGCAAAGGUUAUAGUAUCUAGUGUGUGA